CUGCGAUAGAUAAUAAGUAACAAAGUUUUCAAAUUUAUUGUAGACUAAACAUGUCAAAAACAACAAAAAAUGGAAUUGAAAUAGAAAAAUCUGUAGGUGCACCAAAUGACUCAACUUGGCAAAAACCAAAUCCGAAAGGAGAUUGGUGUAAUAUUUUUUUAUUAACAUUACUUUACAUCAUACAAGGAGUGCCUUUUGGUUUAACAUCGAUCUUACCAAUAAUUAUUCAAAGUAAUUAUUCGGUAACUUAUAACGAUCAAGGUUCAUUUAGUUUUGUUCUAUGGCCGUAUUCUAUAAGAAUAUUAUGGGCACCAAUUGUUGAUUCAUUCUACAUACGGUGGAUAGGCCAACGAAAAUCUUGGUUUAUACCUGUUCAAUACUUAAUAGGUGCGUUAUUACUAUGUUUUGCUUAUAAUAUGGAUGAAUGGUUACCUGAAUCAGGAAAACCGAACCUUACGAUGAUUGUAUGCUUGUUUUUGGUCAUCAACUUUUUGAAUACUACUCAAGAUAUAGUCGUUGACAGCUGGGCAUUGACUAUGUUGAAAAAAAAUAAUACCAGUUAUGCCGGGUCUUGCAAUUUUGCAGGUCUCAAUGCGGGGGUUUUCAUUGGAUCCGUUUUCCCAAUUCUUCUUUCAUCCGAGAAAUUCUGUAAUAAAUAUUUACGAUUCACGCCCGAUUCAGGAGGAAUAUUCAAUAUCAGAGAUAUUAUUUUUUUUUGGAGCAUCAUAAUGAUAUCAAUUACAACUUUAGUUGCCAUUUUUAAAAAAGAAAAGGAUAUUAACUUAGAAGACGUAAAGAUCACUAUUUUUCAAAGUUAUAAAUUAAUAUGGAAUAUAAUAAAGCGUCCUGGCAUGGGCAUAUUUUUAAUAGCUCUUCUAACAUCGUCGAUUGGGUAUGCUACAAUGGAAGCGGUAUCGUACUUGAAAUUAGUUGAUGCUGGUGUUUCAAAAGACAGCAUUAUGAUAAUUAAUACUGCCAUGAUUGUCUUGAAAAUAAUUUUACCUAUUCCAGCAUCAAAGUAUACUGGGGGACCAAAGCCACUCAAAUUGAUUUUUAAAUUUACGCUAAUAAGAUUACUCUGGAAUAUACCAUAUGCUCUUCUGAUUUAUUAUACGCCUCUUUUAAUUACAAAUAAUGGGGUUGUGAAUGUAUCUGUAUAUUAUUAUUUAAUAUCCGGUUUUAUAAUUGGAAUAAAUGAUCUCUUAAACGGGAUCAUGAUAAUUUCGUAUACGGCCUUCUUCAUUAAGAUUACUGAUUCACGAUUUGCAGGCACUUACUUAACAUUAUUAAAUUCUUUUCGAAUCUUAGGAUGGAUAACACCAAAUACUGUUAUUCUAAAAAUGUUUGAUAUUUUAACAUUCAAGAAGUGUUCAAACGAUGGCCAUGAUUGUUCUACGACAGAUUUUCAAAAUAUUUGUAAUACAAAACAGAGCCAUAAUUGUGUGACUAUUGUGGACGGUUACUAUAUUGAAGUAGCUAUUUGUAUAGUGAUUGGAUUUGUUUGGUAUAGCAUCUGUAAACGCAUUUACAAAAAUGUUGAAUUAAAAGAUCCUUCACAUUGGAUUGUUGAUAUGAAUAAACAUAUUUCAGUAAAUAUUUAAAUUUCACCAUCACGUAUCAUUUAAAUAAUAAUAGUAUACUUAUUAGUUAUUAAUACUAAGAUAGUAUUCUAAAAUGCCAUUAAUUAUUAAAUUGUUAUUCUGUAUAUUAU